AUGGAACCCAAACUGAAGGCUGCUAUUCUGAUUGUCUCUGACACGGCCGCUCAGGACCCCGCUUCAGACCGGGGAGGGGAAGUGGGGAAACCCCCCACAACUCGCAUCGUGCCGGACGACGUACUCCAGAUACAACGAGCCGUGUGCGAAUGGACUGAUGGCCCUAAUUGGCACAAUCUGGUUUUGCUGAGCGGCGGAACGGGUUUCGCAGUAAAAGACAACACUCCCGAGGCCGUCACUCCCUUGAUUCAUCGCCAUGCCCCGGGGCUAGUCCAUGGCAUGAUAGCCGAAUCUCUGAAAAUUACUCCAUUUGCAAUGAUGGCAAGACCAGUUGCUGGUGUUCGUGAUAAGUCUUUGAUUAUAACGCUACCAGGAUCCCCUAAAGGCGCAAUGGAGAACCUCGAAGCUGUUGUGAAACUCCUUCCUCAUGCCUGUGUGCAGAGCGCUGGCGCCAAUUCGCGCAGCCUGCACGCCGGCGGUACCAAGAAGCUGGAGAAUGAGGCCGGCGUCUCUGCCACUCAAACCCAGCUUCAGACAGCGUCCCAUACCCAUCACCAGCACCAGCACCAGCACCAGCACCAGCACCAGCACCAUCAUCACGGUCAUGCAGCUCCCAAGGCCCAUACGUCCUCAAAUCGUCACCAAUCCAACAACCCCGCCGCCGGCCCUAAUCAACGCCAUCGCGCCUCACCCUACCCGAUGCUUUCUGUUGAGGAGGCUCUUCGCACGAUUAGCGAGGAGACCCCUUCGCCUAUUGUGAUUGAUGCCCCCGUCAACACUUCCCUCAUGGGAUCGGUGAUUGCGGAAGAUGUCUACGCCGCCGAGGCUGUGCCGGCGUACCGUGCCAGCAUCGUCGAUGGCUACGCUAUCAUCGCCGAAGAAGGCAAAUCUACCAGCGGCGUGUUCCCAGUAGCGUCCGUCGCCCACGCCAACACUAGUGGUGCCGUUGAGCCCCUGCAGCCCGGAACCAUUGCUAGAAUUACAACCGGCGCUCCUCUACCUCCUAAUGCCAAUGCCGUAGUCAUGGUCGAAGAUACAGCCCUAGCCUCAUCCACCCCAGACGGACAAGAGGAAGCAACCGUCGAAAUCUUGGCCGAUGAUAUCGCCCCGGGCGAAAACGUCCGCGAGCCUGGGAGCGAUGUUGCCCUCAACUCCAAGAUUUUGGCCCGCGGAGAUCUCAUCUCUCCCGCUGGCGGUGAAAUCGGUCUGCUUGCUGCCACCGGUACCCAGUCAGUCAAAAUCUUUAAGAAGCCUCGCGUUGGCGUCUUGAGUACCGGCGACGAACUCGUAGAGCACUCAGACCCCCGCGCCCUUGUCGGCGGGCAGAUCCGUGAUUCCAACCGUCCAUCCCUCCUGUCCUGCCUUACUUCCUGGGGCUUUGAGACCGUCGAUCUCGGCAUCGCCCGAGACGCACCGGCCGGUGAACUUGAGCACGCCCUGCGCGAUGCUCUACGAGGCGUAGGCCGCGCCUCCGCCAGCGUCGACGUAAUCAUCACCACAGGAGGCGUCUCCAUGGGCGAAUUGGACCUGCUCAAGCCCACAAUUGAGCGGUCCCUCGGCGGCACAAUCCACUUCGGCCGCGUGUCAAUGAAGCCAGGAAAACCCACCACCUUCGCGACAGUUCCCUUCAAGGCUGCCCCCACAGACGCAUCCUCCGAAGCUGUCCAGCAGGAACGCACGUCGAAGCUCAUCUUCUCGCUUCCCGGGAACCCUGCUUCGGCCCUGGUCACCCUCAACCUCUUCGUCCUCCCUUCUCUGCAUAAACUCGCCGGUCUGGGCGAGAGCUCCCAAGCCCUCUCUACCACCAAGUCCUGGAUGGCACCCCAGCUAGGCCUGCCUCGUGUGGCUGUCGUCUUGACCCACCAUUUCCCCCUCGACCCCAAGCGCACAGAGUACCACCGUGCAGUCGUUACAGGCUCGCGCUCCGAUGGCCGGCUCUAUGCCACCAGCACAGGUGCUGAAGGCGUGGGCCAGCGCAGCUCGCGCGUAGGUAGCAUUGCCAAGGCUAAUGCGCUGGUCGUGCUCCGUGCUGGACGCGGAGUCGGCAUCAAGGGCGAGAUUGUGGAGGCGCUGAUGAUGGGCCCGGUCUAUGGCUCUGAUACCCGUAUUAUCUGUUAG